AAAUGAUAUCGACAGAAUAAUGGUACUCGGCAUCAAGAAGAAAUAUAUACUGAUAAAGAUCGUGCCGCCGCAGUAAAUAUGGGAACUAAAGAUAUUAAACAAUCAUUGAAAAUAAAGCAAAAACAAGAUCGCAAUUUACAAUUGCCAGAAGAUACUGAACCGACAGCUAUAUUAGCUUUAGGAUUGCGUGAGAUGCGAAUUGGUGAUGUUAAAAUAGCAAUGAAUUGUAUUAAUAAGGCAUUGGAUCUUGAGCCAAAUGAUAACAAUGCAUUAAUAGCACGAAGUAAAUGUCACCUUUUAUUAGGAGAACCACAAAAAGCAUUGCAGGAUGCAGAAAAUGCAUUACAAUAUAAAAUGAAAAAUGCAAAUAUGGCUAAUGCAAUAUAUUGUAAAGCAGAAGCUUUAUAUUAUCUUGGUGAUUUUGAAAUGAGUCUUGUAUAUUAUUACCGUGGCAUGAGAAUCCGUCCAGAAUACGGACAAUUUCGUCUUGGUGUGCAAAAAGCAAAAGAUGCAAUAAAAAAUAUAUUGCAUAAAAAUUAAAUAGUUAUUUUAUAAAAAAAUGAUUAUAUAAAAUUUUUUUAAAUUGAUUGAAAAUUUUAACAAAUUAUUAAUAAAAUAUAAU